AAGAAAUAUGUCCAUCUUCUAGUUCAGAAGAAGCAUGUAUUUGGAAAGAGGGGGAAGAUUUUACAAUGGAAUAUACAGAAAAUGCAGGCACAUCCGCUAUUCUCCACUUCUGAUCUAUGCCACAUCUGCUAUACUACACUUCCGACCUACUAGCAUGUGGUUUCAUAGCAGCUAGCAGCGCCUGGCCCCCCAGGGCCUAGACUGUCUUAGCCAUGGCAGCAGCUUCAAAUCUAGAAGAAGAUAUUCCUGGCAAUGCAACACAAGAAAUAGAGAUAGAAGAGUUUGAGAUGAAAGAAGAAACAGUUUCCAUCAAGGAAAAAGGUUCCACUGUAGAAGAUUUAUGUACAGUUUAUGUACAGGGAGAGAGCAUGAAGAUGGAGAGUACACAACUGAAAAGUGAUUUCAUUAAUAAUGAAGAAGAUCCUCUUCACUCUCAACCAAAAACACUUAAAAAGAAAAACCGCGAAGAAUUAAGAUACCGUUGCUGUGAAUGUGAUUUUGUGACACCACUAGGUAGAGACCUCAAGAUACAUAUCGAAAGUCAACACGAAGGUGUAAAAUAUCCCUGUGAAUACUGUGACUAUGCUGCCACUCAAGCAGGUCAUCUUAAGAGACAUGUUGAGAGUAUACAUGAAGGAGUGAGGUAUCCCUGUAAAUACUGUGAAUAUGCUGCCACAACAGCAGAUUAUUUAAAGAAACAUUCUGAAAAUAAGCAUGAAGGAGUGAGAUAUCCUUGUAAAUACUGUGAAUAUGCUGCCACUACAGUAGAUUCUUUAAAGAAACAUGUUGAAAGUAAGCAUGAGGGAGUGAGAUUUCCUUGUAGACUAUGUAAAUAUGCUGCCACUCGAGCAAGUGAAUUGCAGAGUCAUGUUAAAAGAAAGCAUGAAGGAGUGAGAUAUCCCUGUAAAUACUGUGAGUAUGCUGCAACUACAGCAGGAAAUCUUAAGAAACAUGUUAAAAAUAAGCAUGAAGGAGUGAAAUACCCUUGUGCUCAAUGUGAAUAUGUUGCCUGUGAUUUAGAUAAUCUAAGGAGACAUGGUAAAUGUAAGCAUGAAGGAGUGAGGUACUCUUGUAAUGAAUGUGAUUAUGUUGCGACUCAAUCUGUAGGUCUGAAAAACCACAUAAACAAUAAACAUAAAGGAGUAAGAUUUUUCUGUAAGCAGUGUGAAUACGCUGCCACUACAGUAGGUCAUCUAAAAAGACAUGUUGAAAGCAAGCAUGAAGGAGUAAGAUAUCCGUGUGAAUACUGUGAAUUCGCCGCCACUGAAGCAUUUACCCUGAAGAAACAUGUUAAAUGGAAGCAUGAAGGAGUGAGAUUUCCUUGUGAAUUCUGUGAAUAUGUCGCCACUGAACUAGUCAGCCUAAAGAGACAUGUUGAAAGUAAGCACGAUGGAGUGAGGUAUCCAUGUAAAAAUUGUGAAUAUGCUGCCACUUCACCAAGUAAUCUGAAGAAACACGUUGAAACUAAACAUAAAGGAGUGAGAUAUCCCUGUAAUUACUGUGAAUAUGCGGCCACUGAGGCACGUCUUCUGAAGAGACAUAUUGAAAGUAAGCAUGAGGGAGUGAGAUAUCCAUGUAAUCAAUGUGACUAUGCUGCUACUGAAGUAGGUAGUUUAAAAAAGCACAUAAAAAAUAAACACGAAGGAGUUCGUUAUCUCUGUGACAAAUGUGAAUAUGCUGCCACUACUUUAUCUAAUCUCAAGAAUCAUAUCAAAAGUAAACAUGAAGAAAUUAGAUAUCCCUGUGACCAGUGUGAACUUGUGGCAACUACAGCAGGUAGUUUGAAAUCCCACAUUGAAAUUAAGCAUAAAGGUUUUAGAUAUGCAUGUAAGCAGUGCCACUUUGCUGCCACUUCUGUAAGAAGCCUGAAGGAACAUGUUGAAAGUAAGCACCAGGGAGUGAGGUAUCCUUGUGAAAACUGUGAGUAUGCUGCCACUUCAGCAAGAAAUCUGAAGAAUCAUGUUAGAAGUAAGCAUGAAGGAGUGAGGUAUCCCUGUGAACUCUGUGAAUAUGCUGCCACUACAAGAGGACAUUUAAAGAGACAUGUUGAAAGAAAACAUUAAGUAGAGUGACAUGUAUUCAUAUAUAUGAAUACAUAUGAAUACAGAAAUUACAGAUACUAUUCCUGGUAGUACAACAUAAGAAAUAGAGAAAGACAUGGUUUGUGAUGAAAGAAUGAAAGAAGAAAUUAUUCCAGGUCCUUCUGUAGAACAUACAUGUUUUUUUUUUUGGUUAUUUGGUGAAUUAAUCUCUAGACCCCAGUUAGGGGCAUAUUGAGAAUAUCUGCAUACAGAAUAGAUUCACUGAGUAACUUUUUAUUUCACUAUUUUUACUCAAACAAUGUCUCCAGCAUAUCGUUGGUAAAUAUUUUAAAACAUUUAGGAUUUCUAGCGUUUUUAACAUUGUACACUGUACAGCUUAUGUACAGGAAAAGAGCAUGAAGGUAAAAGUACAAAUGAAAGUUAAUUUAUCAACCUUGACUCAAAAACGUCGAGUACAGUACAAACGUGGGAACACAGUAUAAACGUCCGACUAAUACAAACUUCGGACGGGUAAAAUCGAACAGUACCAACGUCGGACCAGUACAAACGUCAGACCAGUACAAACGUCGGACUAUGGAACAGAUUUAAUUUAAAUUUAAAGAUUUAAAAAAAAGUUAUUUCCUUUUAUCGAAUGGUCUAAUUAAAAUCUACCCAAAGGAACUGAGUUCUUGCACUAACUCAAAUAUUCUCAUCCCUUUAUCUUUACAAC